AUGGCGGUAGAAGUCAUCGACAGCGUCGAGAAACAAGUCCAAUUUUUAGGGUAUUUUAUUGUACAUUUUCUAAACCCUAAUUCUAUAGGGGUAUGUCCUGUCCACGGUGUGUCUGUCUCUUUUCGUGGUGGUGUUGCUCUCGGUUUAGGAUCCUCCUGUAUGUUCUAG